AUGCUCCGCAAUCAACUCCUUAACAACUCGAGACUUAUCGCUCGUCGUUCGGUUCGUUAUAACUCGACUGCCAGCCAGGCUUCCAGUGCUGUUUCCAAGGCUUCCUCGGCUGUCAGCACCAUCACUAGCAAGGCUGCUGGCUUUGUUAACUGCUCCAUCUACUGGGCCAAGGUUGUUGCUGAGCUCGGUAAGCACAUCUAUGUCAAGGAGGGUCUUUCUCCCCCAUCUGGAACCCAAUUCCAAUCUGUCUACAAGAACCUUUGGCAACAAAUCCUCACUCAAUCUAAGCAUUUUGCCAACUCUCCUGCCCAGCUUGUCGACACUGUGACUGGUGUCUCUAGACAACAAGUUGUUGCCGGUGGUGCUUACCUCGUUCAAUUUGCUGGUCUUUUCGCAUUGGGUGAGAUUAUUGGCAGAAGAAAUGUCUUUGGCUACCCUCACCACCACGUCGAGGAGGAGGCUGAACAUGCCGCUGAGCACUAG